AUGUCCUCAUCGCCCACAGCCGCGAUGGAUUCGCGUUCGUCUUCACCCGCAACGCCAGACUCACCAGACGGCAUACAUCCUGUUGCCAUACACCAUGACAAUGAAUUUUCCUCUUGGUAUCAUUCCUUACGUCCCGGGAAGAGCUUUCCAGAGCUCAGCGCAUGGGACGAAGCUUCACACUGUCUCGCCGUCGCAAAGUCCGAAGAGGAGCGCAUGCUUCAGCUCGAUGAUUUGAUCGACGAACACGCAUACGACGACCCUUCGUUGUCUGGCAUGGAGGCUUUGUUCCCACAUACGCGCCCUUUCGCUACUGGUAUAAAGUCUCAAUCAAACGGUCAUGCGCCUGCACCCCAAACCCCGGCUCCGACUGCGCCUCUCAUGGAGUCUGAUUUCAUGGUGUCAUCGCAAGGUCAGGUAUCUUGCACUAAGCCAAUUCCUCCUCCAGCAGUCAGACCUCGCAAGCGAGAUCCUUCUACUACCCCGCAUAGAGUGGUAUAUCCCGCAAAGGACUCAUGCCAUAAUCUUUCCAUAAUGACACCAAAUAUCCCCGAAAGCGGCACAAAAUCUCGUGUCGAGACUCAGGUCCGUGUUACGAUUGACUUGGCCCAUGGUAGCUCGUCGUCUGGAGAGGCGUUCAAAUACGAUAGGGUGGGUACCUGGAAAUGGCUCAAGUUACCACCAGGCACUUCCACGAAGAAACGUACUCGAAAAGAGGGCAAAAUCGAUCCUGCGCCUUUAGAUAUUCUUCAUCUUACAGCGGCAGUGACUUGUGCGUCACCGCCUUUUAGUCGUGUAGUGAGCUGUGCUAGCUGUCAAGCCCGUGAAGCCAAACGCGUUGCAAAGAAACUUGCUGCCCGCGUUAGGCCCGCUCGGUCAGAUUCAGACUCGCCCGAGGAUGGAGCGGACCACCCCAAAGGCUCUAAAGAGGACACAACAAGCAUUAUCCAGUUUAACUGCCCCGAGGUAUUAGAUUUUGCUUCGGGCUCCGCCGUACUACCCGUACGCAUCACAUGUUACUGUAGGCAUCAUCGCGAGAAGAUUGGUUUUCAUGUUCACUUCACCAUGAUGGAUCACAGUGGUCGCGUUAUUGGAACAGGAACUUCCCCGCCUAUCAUGAUAACUGAUGACCACAAGAGCACGCAAAAACAAGGUGUAUCUGGUUUCCCAGAUGAGGUAGACUGGUCUCAGUAUAUACAGGCCGGAGAGCCCGUGGAACCGUGUGCUCCCUCUAAACGCAAAACGCAAAAUAAGAAAGGCCAAUCUAAGAAGCGCCCUAAACCUUAUGACGCCGCGAGUCGAAGUAAUUCUGCAAGAUUCUCGAGGGAGGCUAGCGUUGGUAGCUUUUCCUCGCCCGUCAAUUCGCCAUCCACCGUACCUAACACAAGGUCGCCCACUCCUUCACAUCCUCCACAUUCUUUGGCUUCUAUUCAGCCUCUCUCUCAAAUCGAAUGUAUAUCUGUAGCAACCAUUCCUCAAGAACAAGAAAUUACAUCUACUACCCAGCACAGCACACUGGCCGGAGAAAUGGAUUUGAAUGAUGCGUUCGGAGUUGCUGACAUCAAUAUGCUUGGACCGCCGGAAGCGAAGGAUAUAGCCUCUUCUUCUGCAGACCAGCUGUCUUCUCCAGUGUCCGGUACUCUGGCAUCCCCUAUUCCUACACCUGUUCCACCAUCGGCUGACCUCAUGUCUGACCUGGUCCCUUCCCAAGCAAUGCCAUUCAUGUUUUUCAACCCCGGUUCGCCUUCAAUGACAUCGGUUCCACUCCCUAAGAUUCAUCGUCUCAUCCCUGCCUCAGGCCCCACUCACGGCGGUAUUGAAGUUACUGUCCUUGGCGAGAAUUUUCACCCAGCGGUUCAAUUGAAUUGCAUAUUUGGAGAUGCAGUGGCGAGCUUCACGCAACGUUGGAGUGAUAAUACUCUUGUAUGUGUAUUACCUCCUAGAUCAUCUCCAGGUGUAGUCGCUGUAUGGUUUGAAGGUGUUGAAAAAGAUAAUACCCUCCCUUCAUUGUUCACUUACACCGACGAAUCGGACCGAGCACUCAUGGAACUGGCUCUCCAGGUCGUAGGCCUCAAAAUGACGGGCAAAAUUGAAGAUGCCAAAAACGUGGCCUUACGCAUCGUCGGAACUACGGGCACCGAGGACUCUCAAAGCAGACCUGAAGCCAGCACCGCCAUGCAGGUUGCAUCGUCGUCUCCAUCAUUCAGAGAUAUCCGCCCUCUUCUCUUAAUCCGUACAGGGGAAGAAACUGACUAUGAAUCUGUGAUCGUCAAGUUUCUUAAUAUGCUUGACGUGGCUGUGGACAAUAAAUCAGACAUUCCAAUGUCUGCUGCUAUCUCACACACCACCACAAGUGGGCAAACUCUUCUUCAUCUUGCCGCAUUCCUUGGAUUUUCCACUUUGGUGGAGUUCUUGUUGAGGCACAACAUCGACCUAGACGUUCGUGAUCGAAACGGAUAUACAGCCUUGCACUUUGCUGUUACAGCACGUUCGAAGGCUUGCGUAAAACUGUUGGUCGACGCUGGUGCUGACCUUGAGAUCGUGAACGUACUAGGAAAGACUCCAGAGGAAAUAGCACCAACUGGCUUCUUUGCCGACAUCAUCUCGUCUGAAUCAGAGCAGUCUUAUGAAGCUGACGAUGACGAUGACGGAGAAUCUCGAUGGGGAGACGUGGAAACGGAAGAUGAAACCCAUGAGGUAACCGUCAAGCGACGCGUCACGGAUCGCAUUUCUCGUCGCCGAGUGGAUGAUUCUAGUCAACAAGCUGAGAGAAAACAAACACCCGAAAUUCCUCGUAUGGAUACUUCUCAAGGUGAUCUUGACACUUCCUCUGACAUCAAGAAGCCAAAAGACGUUGAAGGUGAUGAAAAACAUACUGCAUCCUUCGUCGAUAUGAUUCAGCGCACAUUGGCACAGCUUCAUGCUCCUCAAGGAAUCAUCCCAAAUAUGCCUCAGCUUCCAUUACCUCAUCUGCCUGAGAUGCCCACUGUCCCAUGGGCUGCGCUUCCUCAGAUUCCCAUGGUGUUCCCUGUUUUUGUGCCGAUGCCUGCAUGGCCAUCCUUCCUGACAGACAAACGGGACGAACAGCAGGAAUAUAUUCAGGGCGAAGAUGCUGUUAGACCGACGGGGUCUGCUACUAUGCGUGCUGCUCAAGAAUGGCGAGCUACAUGGGAGAAAUGGACCGCUCUUGCUAUCGCAACUGCUACCAUGCGCCAACAACAGAAUGUAGAGGAGGCACCUCCCAUGUACACACCAAGAGAAAACUCCGAGGAUGACCAGCCUUCACAACAACAUGCAUCAUCAUCUGUCUCUGACGGCGAGGCGUCUAAUCCACCCAAUCGACCUUCUAAUACAGCAGACAGGCCAUCCAGACGGGUUGGGUAUGAAAAUUUACAGAUUGCGGACCAAGAGGUGAAUGCUUAUGGCUACAGGCCAACGAAGGCUCAGUCACAGAAAUUAAAGAAGAAACACGACCGUAUGCUUGUCCUGUUCUGGCUUCCUAUUCUCCUCAUUUCGUUACUUUGGGCUUUACAUAACGGAGUACGCUUUGCAUUGCAGGCAAUAAAGACUACCCUUUCAUUGAGAUCGGGAGUCCAUGCUUGA